UCGUCCGGUCAUCCACUCAGCCGCCUUCCUCCUCGUCUCGAAUCGAUUCCCACACCCUUUUGCCCUCUCUCUCUCUCUCUCCCCCCUUCCCUUCCUCUCUAUAUAUAGACAUAUACUGUGCUACAUGAAGAGAAUACGAUGAUCAAAGAUGGAGCAAAGCGAACACCACAACCCCCACCAAGUCCAACUACAGAUCCUUACGUCAUCUCCGAUUGCCAUUGCUGCGGCCACCGCCACUGCUUCUGAGAAGGUUCUCUCGAAGCUCUCUGUACUGACGAAAUUCCACGCGGGAUACUUCCGCAUCAGCCUCUCCCUGUGUGGCCAGGCUUUGCUAUGGAAGACGCUCAGCGAGCCGACCACUGACGCCAGCGCUCUCCGACCUGUCCUCCGUAGGUUGCCCUCCGCUGCCUUCGUCCUCCUCUGGUCCCUCGCCUUCCUCACCCUCGUGGCCCUCUGCCUCCUCUACGCUGUGCGCUGCCUGUUCCGGUUCGGCAGCGUGCGCGCUGAGCUCCGGCACCACGUCGGCAUGAACUACCUAUUUGCACCCUGGAUAUCUUGGCUCCUGCUCCUCCAGUCCACGCCCUUCCUCCACCCCAAGACGACUUGCUACCUCCUCCUCUGGUGCGUCUUCUCUAUCCCCAUCCUCGCGCUGGACCUCAAGAUCUACGGCCAGUGGCUCACCAGAGGGAAACAGUUCCUCUCCAUGGUGGCCAACCCGACAAGCCAGAUCACAGUCAUCGGCAACUUGGUCGGGGCACGUGCGGCGGCGCUGAUGGGAUGGAAAGAGAGCGCUCUGUUCAUGUUCUCGCUGGGCGUCACGCACUACCUCGUGCUCUUCGUCACGCUGUACCAGAGGCUGCAAGGGAGCGACUCCCUGCCCGCGAUGCUACGUCCGGUGUUCUUCCUCUUCUUCGCCGCGCCGAGCAUGGCCAGCUUGGCCUGGGAUUCCAUCAGCUCCACUUUCGACAUCUCCUGCAAGAUGCUCUUCUUCCUCUCCCUCUUCCUGUUUGCUUCCCUGGUAUCGCGGCCGGCGCUGUUCAGGCGGUCCAUGAGGCAUUUCAGCGUGGCGUGGUGGGCGUACUCCUUCCCGCUGACCGUGCUGGCGCUCGCCGCCACCGAGUACGCCCAGGAGGUGAAGGCGGCGGCGGCCAACCUGCUGAUGCUCGUCCUCUCGGUGCUCUCGGUGCUUGUCACCCUGGCGCUGAUGGUGUUGACGGUCAUCAGGACCGGCGAUCUGCUGCCUCGCGAUGAUCCGUUCGUGUGCGCCACAUCUGCUGCUGGGGGAGCAACUCGUUGACAACAUUCUUCCUUGUAUUCACGUACAUUAAUACGGACAUGAGAAUAGAUCGCAUCGUGUCUCGUGUUCUUUCUUAUUUAUUCAAUCCUUUUAGUACCUAAA